GUGGCGUGCUGGCUGGGUGACCUCUCCAAACCAUGCUAGCUAGGAAGGAGUUCUCAAUGCCCUCUGGCUGCCGAAGGCUGGGCAUUCCUCUGAGAGGAGGCUCCGUUUAAGUGAUGUUAUCCGCCAGCUUGGCUCGGAAGACAUGUGGCACAAUCUCUUCAGUUCUGGCAUAAAGCAUGUUUCCACUGCGAGACCUGCAAGAUGACCCUAAACAUGAAAAACUACAAGGGCUAUGAGAAGAAGCCGUAUUGCAAUGCACACUACCCGAAGCAGUCCUUCACCAUGGUGGCAGACACUCCGGAGAACCUGCGUCUAAAGCAGCAGAGUGAGCUUCAGAGCCAGAUUCGCUACAAGGAGGAUUUUGAGAAGAACAAAGGGAAGGGAUUCAGCGUGGUGGCUGACACCCCCGAGCUGCAGAGAAUCAAGAAGACUCAAGACCAGAUCAGCAACAUCAAGUACCAUGAAGAGUUUGAGAGGAGCAGGAUGGGCCCAAGUGGCGGCGAGGGUGGUGAUAUAGAACGCAGGAACUCCCAGGAUGGUGCCAACUACAGGAGACCUGUGGAACAGCAUCAGCCGCCUUCUCAAGUCCAGCCCAGCAGCCCUGCCUACCAGCAGCAGCAGCCUCCAUCUCAGUCCUAUGGCUUCAAGGAGCCUGCAGCACCGGCCUCUACACAGCGUAAUGCCCCUUCAGGAGGAGGAGGAGGAAAGCGGUUCCGUGCAGUCUACGACUACAACGCUGCUGACGAAGACGAGGUCUCUUUCCAGGAUGGGGACACCAUCGUUAACGUGCAGCAGAUCGAUGAUGGCUGGAUGUACGGCACGGUCGAGCGCACAGGGGACACCGGCAUGCUCCCGGCCAACUAUGUGGAGGCCAUCUGAGCUGUGGCCGAGGGGGCGUGGAGUGACACCCGAAGCACCCAGCCCACCCGAGGUCCCCUGUCAUGUCUCUCUCGCCCAGCAUCCCUUCUCUGCCGCGUUCUGCCAUUACUCCAUCAGAGCUGCACCCCUGGCCCAUCCGUACUCUGCAGUGGGCUCUGGUUUCUCUUGCCAAUUUAGCUUUGUUUUGUAGCUAUUAUAGCUCUGUUGGGACUAGGUGGGAAACCUUCUCCAGAGGCCACUCAGGCUGGCCCUAGCAUUGCAGCUUCCCUCCUCUAAUCUCUUUGCCCUUCACCCCCAUCUUUUUGAAGGGGUGGGGUCCUAGCUACCAGGCACAUGCCCUGCAUCCCCAGGGAAUAUGAGGGAAGCAACUGGAUUCGCUGCCAUCCUGAGCUAAGAAAGGAUCCCAGCUGACCUGUCUGAUAGGACCAAACCCAUUCACCUCUGCUAGGGCCCAAGCCAGGCAGCUGGAGGGGCAGUAAGGGACAAAUGACAAGGGGGUGUCCGCUUAACAGCAAGUUAGAGGAGGGGGUUAGUGGGGAUCCCCUUCUCUAGAGCCAUAAGUACCUCCCACCUGGAGGGAGGGCUUAGCUGGCAGCAGGGAAGCCUGCAGGGAUCUCGCAUUGGGCCAUCCCCAGUCGCCUCUCCCACCUCAUUGCCACCAUUAAAUGUUUCCAUUCUGUCUCUCUCUCUCUCCCCCUUCCACUCCUCAUUUUUUCACCAACUUAAACAAAAAAUAUUAGUUCCAAAGAAUCUAAGAUCAAUCAAUUAACCUUUGAAUCUUUUUUCGCUCUGUUCCUCUAGCGUUUUCCUUGACUUUUGGACUGUGUCAUUGCCUGCAGAGGUGCUGGGAUCCCCAGGGUCUGAGGGGGACAGAGGCAGAAGUGGCAGGCAGUGGGGCUUUGGGGCGGUGGUCCUUAGAACAGGGUAGGGCUCUUAAAAGCAGCAGCACAGGUCUGGCCAUGCCAUGCGAGCUCCCCUGGAUUGGGCCACUCAUCUCUGGGCCUUCUUGACGCUCUGUGGGGUGACUGCAGCUGCCCUGGGAGUGAGGAGUAGCCCAUGGGCUGCUUAUGUUUGAGGCUGGAUGAGCUGCUUGUGUUUGAGAGCUAUGGGGAGGGGCAGAGAGUGACUCCCUGCCUCCCCCGUGGUCAUCCAGGAGUCCCUAUGUGGGGGUGAGGAGGAAAGCAAUACCCAGAACCCCCUCUAGAACCAAAUACCAUUCCAGUAGAGGGGAAGGGCCCAUGUGCCUUCCAAUCAGCUUCUACAUUUCGCAGCAGCAAAUUCCUUUUGAUCUCUUGCAUAGAAGGGUUCUGUCUCACCUUGCAGGCAGGGUCACUGCUCGCUCUCCCAUCCCUGCUACUGUAUGAGCUCCCUGUCUGCGUGGCCAUGUGGAGCAGGGUCUGGGGAGCGGUCUCUGGUGCCCCCUCACUACCCCCUGCCCCAUGGCUGUUUGGAGCCACUGACUGCUCAGUCUAGCUCUGCUUUCAUCCUAUGUCCAUGAACGAACUGAGCUGACCAUGGGAGAGAUUCUGCCACGAGUGGCUGGUGGAGAUGUCGUGAAAAAGGCACGAGGUGCCUUGGGGGGGCAAAGACCAGGGACUGGCUCUAUCAAGUUCCACUUAGUUUCUGCUUUGCACUGGCAUGUGCCUUGCUCAGUGGAACAAACCUCCCCACACAACAGUCAGCCAGCCCUCAGCUGGAAGGAGGAGAGGGAGCCAGCCAGUUCCAUCCGUGCCUUUCCCAGGGGCAGCAGGGCCAGUUCUAGUUCCAAUUCCAUUCCAUUUUGAGCUGGGAUGUUUACAGCCUUCUCUCCGUGGAGGGGAAGGGUCAGUGGCAAAGGGACCAGGAAGGGCAAUAAACACAUACAUUCCACCCCCAGCUUCGCUGCAUUCUCACUGGGUCCAGGCUGGUGGUAGACGUUCCAGGCUCCUGCUGGCUUGGAUCGCAUCAGGGACCAAAACUUCAAAGCACAUCCCCAACCCAAGCCAAUGUUUUGGGCCCAGGGGCCACUAUAACUGGAAAUCUGUAUGCAGAGAAGAUGGUGCUAUGUUGUCCUUGGUUAAGGAAGUUGGGCAUUGAUAAUAGCUAGCUGCAAAUCCUCCCACAUUUCCCCAGUGGAUCAACUCCGCUACCCUCUCUGCCUUGGCAUGCUGAGACCCCCACUCCCUGGUGCCUUUCUCCCUCUCAGCUGGAAUUCCAUGUAGCAUGACAGCCCUUGUUAUGCCAGGGGAGUCUGACCUGAUGGUGCAUCCGGUGAGGUGGUCUGUAAGUUCUAAGCAGACAGGCCUAGCUAAACGUUUUGUAAUUUUUAAUUGUUUUGAUAUCUGGCUUCAAGAGUCAAUGUGGGGACUAAGCUGAGAAGCAUGUCAGUUUCCAGAGUCUCCCUGAUGGGUGCCCCUUUCUCACUGAGCGCACUGGAGACUUGCUCGAUGCCAGUGCACUGUUCUGGGUUUACCCCUCUGUACACUUCCACUUCUGCUCUGUACACUCUUACCUUGGUGCUGCCCUUUCGGGGGAAGGGAGAAACAGGCUGCUAGAUUCUUAAAAUGGGGAAGCCACCCCUGAAAUAUGGAAGAGGACCCCACAGACAGCCUCUCCUCUUUCUCAUGUGCUCAUUGUUUCACUUCCAGAAGCACAAUGGAGAUGCAGAAUCGUGCCUAAGGGACACUGAAUUGAAGGUGAAAUGUUUGAGUGAGAGGGCCUAAGGGGUGGGUAGCAGCAGCGAGCCCUGAAACCUGUCACUUCCUAGUCUCUCUCUGGUACUUGCUAUAGUGCUGAAGCUUGUAUGGGCAAGAGGGUCUCUGGUCUCCUGUCCCCAGAUCAAUGUACUUUACUAAAACGGUUUCUGAGCUGUUCCAUUCCACUGGAUGAGCCAGCUAGCAGCAGGGCUGGGGAUAAUGGCGAACCUUUUGCUUAACCAACUGUCCUGUUCAUCUAAGGGCUUGUGGGAGACUUGGGAGGGGCGUGGGUGAAAGGAGAUGCAGUCAGCCUUAGGCAGAGCAUAAAAGUGACAGCGAUGGGCUGCAGGGAAUUGACAUCCUUGGUGAUGCUGAAACAUGUGAGCACAAGACCUGGGGGAAUGGAGAGGUGCACAUUCCUGAUUACUAAUACUCUGUUCUUAGAGCCAGUUGUCUGGGGAGGGGGGAAGUAACAAUGUGAAUAAACCUUUUUUUAAUGGACCAAAUGAAAACACAGGAAACGUAAGUUUUUGGGCCUAAAACUUUUUUAAUGCUACCUUGACACUGUUGUCCCUAUCCUCCCCUUCUCCUGCCUGCCCCCCCCUUUUUUCCUUCUGCCAUGGAAAACAGACAUCUUACUGCUUGAUUUCUGCCUUCUCUCUGACUUAUGCACUUUUUUGCCUUUUUUUCAUAGCUGAAAAAGCACCUAAACCUGUAUUUAAAAUAAGUAAAAUCUUAAAAAAAAAAAGCUAAAUUUGCAUCAUUGUAACCAUUUCAUUAAUGUUUGUGUGUUUUUAAAUAAACAAGUCUUACAUCUUAGCUUUCCAAGUUGCAUUUCAGUGCCGGGUUUAAAUCAUUUUUUUUAUUAUUAUUGGUGAGUUCUUUGUCUGUAUAUUUCUUCCGAUGGGCCUGAACACCCCCCAGAAAAUGAAAUGUAUUUGGCCUUUUUAACUGAACCAUUCAAUGGAACAAACCAACAAACCCUCUUCUGGGUUUAUUCAAAUUUAAAAUAAAAAUAUAAUUUUUACCUGCUGA